AUGUCGGCUAUCCUCAUACUGAUGUCGGCUAUCCCCACACCGACCCUGGCUAUCCCCAUACCGACCUUGGCCAUCCCCAUACCGACCUUGGCCAUCCCCACACCGACCCUGGCUAUCCCCGUACUGACCUUGGCUAUCCCCCAUGGUGACAAGAAGGCAAGUGGAGCUUCUUCCAAACCGGGAGAGAAAAAAGCAGAUGCAGCGGAGAAAAAAACAGCAAGUGCUGAUGUCAGCCAGCCCCCCAAGCCACAGGCAAGUGGAGCACCUUCUGCUGUUAAGAAGCAGCCCCCCUCUGUGGAUGCAUCAAAACCACAAAUUAUGAAGCCAUCUGAGGCAAAGUCUGCACCAACAGCCAAAACAGAAUCUGGAAAAAACGCGCAGUCAACCAAGCCAACAGACUCCCAAAAUAAACAGCCGUCUGAAAAGAAGCAAAAGGAACCCAAUGGUGCAAAAAGCCAAACCUCACCUUCUGCAACAGCAACUUCUAAACCAAAUAAUACAGGAAAAGUAACUGCAGCUCAAGGUGACCAGCCUCCACAGGCGACCUCCAUAGAGACAGCAAAGCCUGAGUCUGAGAAGAUGGCCGCAGCGGGUGCAGGCGCGGCGGGUGCAAGUGUGGUUGCUGCAGCUGAUAAGUCCAGUACCGAGCCUGGUAUGGAUGAGUCGGCACUAGAUAGCCUCAUAGAUACCCUAGGUGGUCCUGAAGAUGAUGUGCCUACUAGUCCUGUUUACACUGGUCCAGAGGUUACGGAAGCCAUAUCUUCAAGGUACUUGGAAGAAAUGGGUAAACGGGAAGGUAGUCUCCCUCCAGAGUAUGUUAAAUUGCUGAAGGGCAAAGGGGAUGGCAAAGAUGGAGUCCCACCAAAAAUAGAUGAAAGAGAUGAAAAACCAAUGACAGAGGAUGAGCUUGCAGAGGCCCUGUCAUCUGACUUCACCUGUAGUACUGCUUCUGCUGAAGAAAAGAAGACUCUGACAGAGAAGAAACCAAGCAAGGAAGAGGAAGUCGUGCAAGCACAAGCAGCUAGUUCGGUCAAGACCUCAGUUCCUCCUACGGAGAAGAAAAAGUCGAAAGAGGAAAUUAAAGAUGAUGCAGUGGAAGCUCUUCUUGAUACUCUCGGUGGACCUGAACCCGAACCUGAAGAUCUCAGCCCGGUUGUAGAGGUGUCAGAGGCAAAAGCUAAAGAGAAAAAAGAAGAAAAAGCUGGAGAACGUGAUGAUACGAUACCUCCAGAGUACAGGCUAACACCGGAGCUGGAUAAAGAUGGAAAACCAAUAUUGCCAAAGCCUGAAGAAAAACCUAAGCCUUUGAGCGAAUCUGAUCUUGUUGAUGAAUUUUCAAAAGACUUUGCCAGCCCUGCACAGCCUGCAGUUCAGUCCAAACCAUCGAAGCCCAGCAGCACGUCCAAAAAGCCUUCAGAUCCCGUAUCUGCAAAAACUGCUGAGGGUGAAGUAGUCCCUCGUGCCACAGCUUGCACUGUGCAGUCCUCAGCUCCAUCAGCUGGGUCUUCGGUCGGUCCCGUGGCAGAUGAAGUACUGGAAGCCUUGUCCAGUAGCCUAGGAAAGAGGGAGCCUGAUCCAGAUGAAAAGAAACCUGCUGUGGACAAAGUCAAGGAGAAAACCAAACAGGAAGAAUGCAAAAAAUUGGGUGAAGAUGAAGAAACAAUUCCUCCAGAGUACAGAUUAACAGAAGCAAAAGUAAUAUAUUUAGUGUGCUGGUUUAAGUCUUACUUUCCUUUCAUUCCUCAGAAUACAUGGGUGAAACUGGAACUCCAUUUCAUUCUGAAAUGCCGAUGUUUAGUUAACCCACUUUUUAUAGCAUAUAAAAACUCUGGGUCUUUUUCUUUUCCUAUGAGUGAAAAUGAUCUUUUAGAGGGUUUGACAGAAGGAUUUUCCUGUUCUCCAUCCCCAUCUGCACCAUUACCUACACCAACGGUAAUAAAGAAAACCAAGGAGGGUAAAAAGCCUGCAGGUUCCUCGGACGUUAUCUCUGCUGCUACAGUUUCUUCAGUGCACUCAGCAGCUCCUCUGCCUCCUACCUCAGGAGGAAAAGAGAUGGAUGAAGCCCUGGAUCUCCUGUCUGAUUCCCUGGGACAGAGGGAACCCGACCCUGAUGAGGGCAAACCAGUUGUGGAUAAAGUAAAGGAAAAGGCUAAAUCUGAGCACAGAGACAAACUUGGGGAAAGAGAUGAUACUAUACCACCUGACUAUCUCAAACUCCUGGAGUCAGGUGAGCAGGGUAAACCAGUAAAGCCAACAGCGAAGGACGAUGUGAAGCACAAAGAAGAAAAGAAGCCUGCAAGUGACUCUGCAGCUAUUGACGCCCUGUCGGCUGACUUUGAUGCUAGUGCGAAGGCUCCCGCCACACCGCAGCACUCAAAGGAGAAAAGUGGAAAGGAAACCAUCACCACUAAGCCCAGCCCAAAGGAUAAAGGAAGACCCAAAGACCCUAAAACGGCAGAGGGACAGCCCUCCAGCAGCAAACCUGAGAAGCAGAAAGCAAGCUAAACGCUGACGUCACGGGGACCUUGGCACAUCGUGUAAAACGUCGUCUUUCUGUUGGUGGAUACUUACUCCUGAAGAACAAAAGCUGAUGCAAAAAGCACGUGGUUACUCCGGGUGGUUUUUGUACGGCAGCACUUGCUGGACUUUUAUCGUGUUUUCUUUUUUCCCCGUAGUAGAGUAAGGCGUCUCCCCCUCCCCCUCCCCCCCAGCCAUUCAUUUUAUUAUGCUCAUAUGCUUUGACUUUUUUGUAAUUUUCUUCAUUUUUCAGAGGGAAAGAAUGCUUUAUAUUUGCAAGAAAUCUAUUUCAUAAAUGAAUAGCAAUGCCAAAAAAAAAAAAUCUGCAGACUUUUGCACAUAAUCUCCACAUAGUGCCUGUAAAUCUCGGCAGAAUUCCUGUGUGCUGGUGUUUUUAACCCUGCAGUGAAUGCAUUAAACAUUCUGGAACGCGAAGAGCUUUAGCUCCCCUCAGCCCACCUCAGCCUGGCUGCGCAGUCCUCCCUCAAGCCAGUCCCUGGUCGGUGAGCUGUGGGCUGCUAAAGGGUGAGAAACUGGGGAUUAAGCGCUUCGUCAGGCGCAUCUGGUAAUGAAGCUGCUGUUCCGGGUGCCACCUGAGCUGUAGUUAACAGAAACCAGAUAAGGGUUUUAGUGGGGUUUGGGUUUGGGUUUUUUUCCCAUCAGAUCUGUACUGUUGUCUCGUAACAUCAGGAGCCUCCUGGACUGAACAAAUUCAGAGCCUGGUGCGGCGACGGCACCGUUACCAUCGCGGAAGGGGAAGUACGGAAGGUGCAUGAGCCUUGCCAGGAUCGGAGAGAAGCUCAGGCCAGCAGGCAGACUUUCUCUCUCUUAUUUUGCACUGUUUCUAGUCCUUGCUCCUGUUCCUCACGCCCCAGCCGGGACUGCAGGGAUGGGGCAGAAGUUAACGCUGCGCGGAGCCACGCCGCCUUCACCCGCUCCGCGAGGGCCGGCAGCAGCAGGCGCCUCUUGGGGGUCUCUCGCAGGCGGGGCUGUCGCGACCCCCGCGUGCCCCGCGCCUCACGGUGCUUGCCUCUGUCUUCGUAACCUGCAGAACAUCUUCUUGCACGCCCUCGCGCCCUGCUUCACCGUUAGCUUGCAGAGGCGUGUACCGAUGCCAAAGCCAGCCUCCGGCACGCAGCACUGCGGAGACAGCCUGGAGAUUCAAGUUGGGGAUAUUCAGACUCCUGGCUGUUCUUCGCAGUCUGUACCGAGAACCUGUGUCACACUAAUAAAGUUUUUAAGAAC